AGCGACAAAUUCGAACGUCGAGCGCGAGUGAGCGACUCGCUGUGCUGCUUAUAGAUGUCGAUUCCUUCUCGCUGUCGUCGGAUUAUUCAGUUUGCUUUUCAAGUCGAUGCUUCGCUGCCAAUAAGUGGAAUUCAGUGGCGUGUGUAGUUGUGCAUCCCAUUUCUUCUCAUCAUAUUUGAAUAGGAAGCUCAUCAUCAGCAAGACAAGAAUUUCUUGCCUCUUAAUCAACGAACAUUGGAUGCAUUGCCGGUAAAGACCAAGGGACGGCUCAAGUUUUUUCCCCUACGAUUGCAUAAGCUUUUGUUGUGAAAGGAUUCUCAUCAAACACAAUGGUCAGUUUAGACUGAUGAAAGUUUUCCCAGAGGCCAAACCGAACAUAGAACAUGCUGCGACCAGUCCACCAUACCCUCUUUAUGACAGAAGUCUUGUCUUGGAGUCUCACUAUUCUGGUGUUGGCUAGCCAGCAACCUCAACCUACAGAUGAUCGUUUUCAUAUUUGGAUUAAUGGGAGCCACAAUGCAAGAGAGACACGAGAUGGAACCUUCAGCUCUCCUGGUUUUCCCAACACCCAUUUCUCCUUACCCACCACAUAUGAGUAUCACCUGGUCCAUCGAAGCAGACAUGGACAUGUUAAACUGAACUUUACCGAUUUCUUCCUCAUGACUUUGGAUAAUUCCAUGCAGUGUGGAUCAAUGCUUGGUGAUUAUGUAAAGAUAAUUGAUGGCUCCAGCGUAACCAGGCACUGCAGUCAGCUAAGACCCCAACCUUAUAUAUCAUCAUCUCAUGAGGUUAUAUUGGAGUACCAUUACACACCAACUGCCAGUAGAAUGGUCUAUCAUCCUAGCCUCUUCAAGGUGGGCUACCAGUUCCUCUCAAGGGCAGAGGCCAUGGUGGAGUGGGACAAUCUUAUCAGAGGUUAUUAUGGUAAGUCCUUAACCCUCCAACUACUGUACUUGAUAACUCCUAAAGGCUCUGUACAGGGACUGCUUGGUUCCAGUAAGAUAUAG